GGGGGUCAAAAAUACUGCCGGACCAAUAUGGCGGUGAAGCAUUUUUCAAAACAAAGCUAAAAGUAGUUUUUGUUAAAGUUAUUACUUAUCCGUUAACUCUGUUUCCCACGAGAGAAUGUUCAUAGUAGGUCGUGGAAAAUCACCAAAUAUUUCCGUAGACAACAUAUUUAGUACAGUGAAGUAACGGAAACGUGAAGAUUUAACAAGUCUGUACAUGCUAACGUUAGCCGGUUAGCAUCAGGAACGGAAUCCACUGUAGCUCCGGUAAAUAGCUCCGGUAAAUAAAUAACUCCGGUAAAUAACUCACUCCGGUUAAUCACUAGAUAUGUGGGGGGAAAUAGACCCUCCCGUUAAACCACCACCCAGUCUGACUGAGAAUAAAUCAAAGAGCAAAUUACCAGAAGAACCAGAGGUCCAGAAAUGUGACUUAAACAGACCCACAGACUCCCAGCAGCUCCUGGAGGAAUCCCAGGCUAUUAUACCGGGUGUAAGUCCGGCUGAGUCCGUCUGUGUGAAUGCCAUGAUAGAGGCUCUAGCUGUGAGUGGGAGUCUGGUGAAGAGUCAGCAGAUCGGAGAGGCUGAACUCACUCUGAAUGAACGUAAAGAGGAGCUGCUGCGUCAGUACAGGAGCAGACCCCUGGUGUUCCUGGAGAGAUACCAUGCCUGCUUGAAGCCUCACCACCUUCCAGCGUUUGCCCAUGUCAGCUCAGACCCACGAACACAGCACUACAGCAAAGUGAUCCAGAGACGGGCUGCAGGAUGCCCCGACAGGACCAGAGUCAGAAACCAGCGCUAUGCUGCCCUCAGAGCUCUGCAGAAGGAGGGUCAGUAUUUCAGUGAGGAGGAGAUGAGGAUGAGAGAGCCGCUGCUGUAUGAGCAGUACAUCGGCCAGUACCUGACUGAUGAAGAGGUGAUGGAGCGCUCCCAGGAGGCCAGGCUGGACGGUGCUCAGGGAGGACCAGGGGCACCAGCUGGAGGAACAGGAGGACUAGCCAACCUCCUCCUCAACUCCUACCAGGAGCGCCUCAUCCAGAACCGUCUGCAGGUGGAGCAGGAGAGGGAGGAGGGAGUGCUGGAGGAGGACGAGGAUGAUGAAGAUGAUGAUGAUGGAGUCCAGCAGAAAGGAUGGGAGCCAACGCCAGAGGAGAAGGCUCUGCUCAGAGAAGAGUUCAUUAGUCAGAUGCACCAACGUUUCCUCGAUGGAAAAGACAAGGAUUUCAACUACAGGGAGGUGGAUGAGAAUCCAGACUACGACAACCUGGACAUCGUCAGCAGAGAUGCAGAAGAUAAAUAUUUUGAUGAGGAUGAUGAAGAAGAAGAGGAAGAAAAUGAUGAAGAGGAAGAAAACAUGACAGAAUAGCAUCUGUUCUAUGAAUAACUCCUGCUUUGAUUAAACUGUAAAUACGAAGAA